AUGGAAGCACGAGGAAUUAACCCAGAGUACAAGGACACUCCAAUGGAUAUUGCACAGCUUCCUCAUCUGCCAGAGAAAACUUCUGAAUCCUCAGAGACCUCCGAUUCGGAAUCAGACUCUAAAGACAAUUCAGGUCUCACAAAGGACAACGAAAACUCCAAGUCCGAUGAGAAGGGGAACCAAUCCGAGAACAGCGAAGACCCAGAGUCCGACCGGAAGAAGUCCGGCCACCAGUCGGACAACGAAAUGAACUGUAACGACGACGGCAACAGUUCCAGUAAUCAGGACAGUCGGGACAGCGACGACAGCUUCGAGAACUCGGACUUUGAAACCCAGAAGGCCACCGAGGACAGCUUCGGCACGCUGGGCUCCAUGCAGAUCAAGGUGGAGCGCUACGUGGAGAGUGAGACCGACCUGCGGCUGCAGAACUGCGAGUCGCUGACUUCGGACAGCGCCAAGGACUCGGACAGCGCGGGUGAGGCGAGCGCGCAGUCUUCCAGCAAGCACCAGAAGCGCAAGAAGAGGAGGAAAAAGCAGAAGGGGGGGAGCCUGAGCCGCCGCCGGCUGUCCAGCACUUCGAGCCCCAACGGGCUGGACGGCGCGCUGGUGGACCCGCCGCAGCUGCUCUCGUCACCAAACAGUGCCUCAGUGCUCAAAAUCAAAACUGAGAUCUCAGAACCUAUCAAUUUUGAUAACGAUAGCAGUAUUUGGAAUUACCCGCCCAACCGGGAAAUCUCAAGGAACGAAUCGCCCUACAGUAUGACCAAGCCCCCCAACUCCGAGCACUUCCCUUCCCCCCAAGCCAGCAGUAGUUUACACGUCUCCAUUCCAGACUCUGUCCUCACCCCGCCGGGGACCGAGAACACUGCCAGCCGCAAAACUCAGUUCAGCACCUCAUCCAACUCGGCCUUGGCCCCCGUCUCCUCCGACCCCUUGUCGCCCCCGCUGUCCGCGUCCCCCCGGGACAAGCACCCCGGCGGGGGCGGCGGCGGGGGAGGCGUCGGGGGCAGCGGAGGCGGUGGGGGCGGCGGGGGCGGUCCCAGCACGUCUUCCAACUCUUUGUUGUACACUGGGGACCUGGAGGCCCUACAGAGGCUACAGGCGGGCAACGUGGUGCUGCCUCUGGUCCACAGGGUCACGGGCACCCUCUCCGCUACCAGCACGGCCGCCCAGAGGGUCUACACCACUGGCACGAUCCGCUACGCGCCCGCCGAAGUUACUUUAGCCAUGCAAGGCAACCUGCUCCCCAACACCCACGCGGUGAACUUUGUCGACGUCAACAGCCCCGGCUUUGGGCUGGAUCCCAAAACACCGAUGGAGAUGCUCUACCACCACGUCCACCGACUCAAUAUGUCGGGACCGUUCGGGAGUGCCGUGAGCGGGGCCAGCCUGACCCAAAUGCCGGCAGGGAACGUGUUCACCACGGCCGAGGGACUCUUUUCCACUCUUCCAUUUCCUGUGUACAGCAAUGGCAUUCACACUACACAGACUCUGGAGCGGAAAGAGGAUUGA